AUGAAGAUCUUUGACCUUGGCCUCCUUGCCAAGCUCCGGGUGUCCCACGGCAUGUGGGCUGUUCUCCGGGGCCACGUCUCUGUGGCGCGGCAGCUCCUUGACAACAAGGCCUCGAUCGCUUGCAAGGACUCCCUUGGCGCCACCCCGCUGACCAUCGCCGUGCAGCACCGGUGCCUUGACUCGGUGAAGGCUUUGGGCAUUCUUGGUCGCUUUGGGGCCGGGGCAAAUGUGAACAGCACGGAGGAUUGUGCAAGUUGA